AGCCAUUUUGGCUCAAGGCUCAAACCUCCUGUGGCACAAGACCACCGAAUCGAGCCUGCCCUGGCGCCCUUGUUAGGCAUGGCCGCGGAGGGGCUGUUAGAGCUGGAGGUUUCCAUGCUGCAGGGCACCACUGUGCCGGUGACGAUCCCACGCGAAGAGUACGCCAAGGUGCUGAAGGCGCAGCUGGCCCCGAAGCUUGUGGGCGGCCCAGCAGCUGCGCAGCUCCGCCUGUUCCUUGGGGGGCAGGAGCUGACUGACGAUCAGUGCCUGGGGGAGCAGCUCGACAGCGGUGCGAACCUCGCCGUGGUUGUGGGCCCACCGGUUCCGGAGUGGGCUGAGGAGUUGGGCUUUACUUCAGAUCAUCCUCACUGGCUACGGGAGCACUUUGCCCGUUACGGCUUGGAGGGGCCAGAGUGGCUCACCGAUGAUGCAGCGAUUUGGAAGAGACUGGCCGAUGAGUACGCUGCGAAGGAUGAGCAGAUGGCAGGGUUCAAAGGUUGGGGGCACAGGCUGCAUUUGGCAACACCAGCUCUGGAUAGACGGCUGGGCCAGGUCCAUGCAAAGCCUGGCGAGAAAGUCCAGCUGUCAUUUUCCGGCCGCAUCUGGAAUAACAAUAACGACAGCUGCAUCCACCAGUGUGGCCUUGCCAUGGGCCCUCUUUCUGAGGGCGCGGACCCGUUCCUGGGCGAGAUCUACAAUGGCGUGCCGCGAGGGGCUCGGGAGGUGCGGGCAGUGGUGUCAGUCGACGCUCCACAGGAACCGGGCGCCUACAUGCUGUAUCGUUUCGGAGACCUCCAGUAUAGCUUCCGCAAUGCCAAGAGAAACUUCUGCAACCGCAGGACAACGAUGGUGAGCGAUGACUAUCCUGGUUCCUUCGUGGGUUGGCUCGUGGUCGCCUGAGCCCCCGGUCUCGCCGCAGCAGCCAGAGUUUUUAAGAGGACCCUCCCCGCUGAGCAGAUCGAGCCGCCUCGGUUGGUCAGAGGGAACGGCCCCCCCCCUUGAAGUUUCUGGCUUGCGAUCGCGACGUGGGAACAAACCAGUGGAGACGGCUCAUGCAUUCACGCAACAGAGGUUCAGAUUCUGAACCGCCCUUUCUCGAUUACGGCGCACGUGUGUGAUAUUGCCAUGCCACGCAGCGCCAGAAUGUAAGCGGGUCGGUUUUGCCAUGUGCCGUCACAGACUACGUUGUGCCCCAACGUUCGGCAUUUAAGGCUCCUCCUUCUUACGACUGAUCCGCUGCUCAUUGUUUUGGUAACUUGAGACUGGUCCUCGUUGACAUUCUGCGACUUGGCGACGCUAUUGAUCAAAGACGCUGGCCUUGCAACCAUAGUGCCACAUGGGGGAGAUGCAUCACGGCUUGGGAGCUCUGGCUCGGGGUGUCGUGCCGCUGGCUCCGGCCGACCACGCCUCGGCGUUACGCGCUAUCCGCGGCUCAGCCCCCGAGCGCCAAUGUUCAGCAUCGCUUCCCGAGCCUCCCGCCCCGCGGGCGGGUCGCCGGGGCCGCCGCUGCGACGCGCCGCGUCGAAGGGUGCACGACCGCCUGCCCGUUGGGCGCGCGACGGGGCGAGCGGUGGGGCGCCAGGGGGGUUCCCUCCUCCUCCUCCUCCUCCUCCUCCACCUCCGCUCUCUGGGCGUCCAGAAGCUUCCGUGAGCUGCUUGCUGUCGCAGGCGAAUCUCUCGCCCCCGAGCCCUCACUCUUCCACGAAAAGUCAGGCCG